AUGUAUGGAAAUUAUUCUCACUUCAUGAAGUUUCCCACAGGCUUUGGCGGCUCCCCCGGCCACUCUGGCUCCACGUCCAUGAGCCCAUCGGCAGCCUUGUCCACAGGGAAGCCAAUGGACAGCCACUCCAGCUACAUGGACACCCCAGUGAGUGCCCCACGGACUCUGAGUGCGGUGGGGACCCCUCUCAAUGCCCUGGGUUCUCCCUAUCGAGUCAUCACUUCUGCCAUGGGCCCACCCUCAGGAGCGCUGGCAGCCCCUCCAGGAAUCAAUUUGGUUGCCCCACCCAGCUCUCAGCUAAAUGUGGUCAACAGUGUCAGCAUUUCAGAGGACAUCAAGCCUUUACCAGGGCUUCCUGGGAUUGGAAGCAUGAACUACCCGUCCACCAGCCCCGGAUCUCUGGUUAAACACAUCUGUGCCAUUUGUGGGGACAGAUCCUCAGGAAAGCACUAUGGUGUGUACAGUUGUGAAGGCUGCAAAGGGUUCUUCAAGAGAACCAUAAGGAAAGACCUCAUCUACACGUGUCGGGAUAAUAAAGACUGCCUCAUUGACAAGCGUCAGCGCAACCGCUGCCAGUACUGUCGCUAUCAAAAGUGCCUUGUCAUGGGCAUGAAGAGAGAAGCUGUGCAAGAAGAAAGGCAGAGGAGCCGGGAGCGGGCCGAGAGUGAGGCGGAAUGUGCCAGUAGUGGCCAUGAAGAUAUGCCUGUAGAGAGGAUUCUAGAAGCUGAACUUGCUGUUGAACCAAAGACAGAAUCCUAUGGUGACAUGAACAUGGAGAACUCGACGAAUGACCCUGUCACCAAUAUAUGCCAUGCCGCUGAUAAGCAGCUUUUCACUCUUGUUGAAUGGGCCAAGCGCAUUCCCCACUUCUCUGACCUCACCUUGGAGGACCAGGUCAUUCUGCUCCGGGCAGGGUGGAAUGAAUUGCUGAUUGCCUCCUUCUCCCACCGCUCAGUUUCUGUGCAGGACGGCAUUCUUCUGGCCACGGGUUUACACGUCCACCGGAGCAGUGCCCAUAGUGCUGGGGUUGGCUCCAUCUUUGACAGAGUUCUGACUGAGCUGGUCUCCAAAAUGAAAGACAUGCAGAUGGAUAAGUCGGAGCUGGGGUGCCUGCGAGCCAUCGUGCUGUUUAACCCAGAUGCCAAGGGUCUGUCCAACCCCUCUGAGGUAGAGACUCUGAGAGAGAAGGUUUAUGCCACCCUCGAGGCCUACACCAAGCAGAAGUAUCCGGAACAACCAGGCAGGUUUGCCAAGUUGCUGCUGCGCCUACCAGCCCUGCGCUCCAUCGGCUUGAAGUGCCUGGAGCACCUCUUCUUCUUCAAGCUCAUCGGGGACACGCCCAUCGACACCUUCCUCAUGGAGAUGCUGGAGACCCCGCUACAGAUCCCCUGAGCCCCACCAGCCACAGCCCCCCCCCCCAGGAUGGCCCCUGGGCAGGUGUGUGUGGACCCCGACCCUGCACACGUUCCUCCACCUCCCACCCUGACCCCCUUCCUGUUCCCAA